GCCAUGUGCCAAUGAACGAAAGAGUGGAACGAGUCGAGCGAGAGGAGAAAAGAGACGGACGAUGAGAGGAAGAACCAGAAUGGUUUUCGAUUUGCUUUGAGGAUGGGAGAGUGCUAUGUACAGCAGUUGUUCUUGAGUUUCCCACUUCGUUGGACCUGGAGUGAACAUUGUCUCCAUAGAUUGUGCCAAGUGCCCAGUGGAGUUUGAAAGUGUGUGAGAUAUGUAGGCCAAAGGAAGUGAUUUUUUUUUCAUUGUGUCGGCUUGAUCAGAGCUCCCUUAUGGUAUUGCAUCCUGGCUUGACGAUUCAUUGUGCAGUGACACCUUGGGCAUUUCCAUAGGUAAGUUCAUUCACAUUGCCAAAUCAGCUGUUGUAAUUAGAGUCAGCUGACAUAUUGGCCAAUAAGACAUGCUUCAUGCAUAUCGGUCGGGUCCAGACUCCAGAAGCGAAUUGCGUGCUCCAUCUGUCUCAAGAUUCGAUCUGGAUUCAAUGUACAAUUUAACCACCAAUACGUCCGUCUUUCAAUAAGAGCACGCUCAUAAAAAUCCAAUCAGAAAAUACCUUCAUCGUAGGCGCCGGAGAGAUGCAUCAAGAAAAUGACCCUUUAGCGGCCUUUGAAAUUCACAUCAUGCCGCCAAACAGUGGGAACUCGCCAUCCUCCGAGGAUGCACCUCUGGCCUCUUCAGCCUCUUCCAGUGGUCAAAGCACAACCAGUUCGGAUUUGAACAAGAGCUAUUCCCCCUUACCCGAGACUGUGUCUGGGACACCUCCAGCCUUACCUCCACGCCCACCAAAUCUGCCUAUUCCACGGGAAAGAACCACACCCAUUCAGCGACACAUUGCCAACAGCUACACUCGAGAUGCUCAACUGAGUCGACAAUCAAAUUCCUCGAUAUCUUCGCUUCAAAGGCCGCCCUCAUCCAGUCCUAACCUCCCAACGCCUCAUCAUCACCACCACCAUCAUCCUCAUUCUUCGCCAGCUCCUCCUGGUCCUGAACCACUCAACUGUUCCAAUCAAAACCAUGGUGUAGUAUCCUCGGUCAGAAUGAAUGGAGGCCAACCACCGAGGUCACUUUGCCACAAUAUGGGCAAGAAGUACGUGCUCAUGUGUGGCCUUUGCGGGGGCCUGUGCUUGGCCUUGGGCAUCAUGUACAUUGUGAUCUUCUUCCUUCUGGAUCGUUACACCACGUCGCUUCAUUACUUCCAAACCAUGCCCACGUGGGUGCCAUCGAUCCCGCUGAUUGUCACCGGGACCCUCAUUUCUUCAUUCGCUCGCAGAGGAAACCGGAACAACUAUUUGGUCAAAAUCUGCGGCCUACUUUGCCUCAUUUGUGCCGUGUUAUGUGUCAUUAUCACGGUGACCACGACCGUAAUCCACAUGAAUCGACUCCAAACCCUUCGGGAGUGUGUCUACCAAUCCGUGACCAAAACGUGCACCUGCUUCGCCGGAAUUUUGGACCCGUUAUCUCGGGAUCCCGGAAUGCAUUAUGUGUUUGGCGGCACCCAGAACUGCGACGUCAUCCAUGGCAUUUUAUACUCUUGUCUUCGAGCCUUGUUCGGGAUCUCGGUGAUCGGGAUUUUGGUCUGCAUUUUCUCGUGUAUGUUGGUAUAUCAAAUAUCAAGUCAUGAGAAGAAGAAGGAAUACUGGGCCCAAUUGGAACACCGAUGCCGUUUCCUCCAUUCCCAUUCACAACAUCUACAUCAAAUGCGAGGAACUGGAGCUGGAGCAAACGCUGGAUCCAGAUUUCCUCCUCAUGCCACUCUGGUUCCCAAUUCAAUAUCGGGGAAUAUGAUCCACACUCCCAACUCCAUGUGUGAAUGCUGCAGUCCACACGAGGAUGAGAACCUUUGGACCACUCAAUCAUCCAGGGGUGCCAAUCUCUAUUCACCCAAUCCAGUGCUCGCCCCACCUCAAAGCCACAUUCAAGGCAAUAGCGGCGAGCCAUCCUCCAACUCAGGCCCACAAACAACCACUUCCAACGUGGUCCAGAGUCAGUCUUUCUCUUCAUUACGCUCAUUCCGGAAUUGGUUGCCGUCUUUUGGCAGGGCUGCCAAUCCCGUUUCGUCCUCAUCCAACAGGGUUCCCGGCAACUCCGGUCCAACUCAGACCAAUGAGGAUCCCAAUAAUGGAAAUCCUGGCCAGGGAAGCAAUCACCCUUGGAGGCGAUCCAUCCAAAUGCCGGCGGAAGCUACUUAUGGAUUUCAUCAGCGGGUCUAUCCAGCCUCGUGUCAUUAUCUUUCGUCGCUCCUUAAUCCUACUCAUGGGCUGACCCUUCCACAAUAUGUUUGGGAUCCGCCUCCACCCUAUUCCAACCCCAAUCCUCAUGAAGAUCAAUGCACGAGUGGAGGAGCCGCUCCUAGUGUUCCAAAUCCCAAUGGGACAGGCCAAUCUGCGAAUCAAAUCUCAACUGAGCCCAGGAGCGCCAAUCUGACAUCCAACCAUAAUGGCCAAGGAGGACUCACAGGGACCAACCCAUGCCCUAAUAUUGGACAGAGCAACCUUUUACAAGAUCAUCAUCAACAAGCUCAAGGCUCAAUGAGCAUAAUGCCCACUACGACUUCAACCGCCAGUAGUCCCUCUUCGUCCACUCCGCGGACUUCCAAGUCUGGAUUGCUUCCGUCUCUUCCAGCUCCGCCUCAAAACACGGAUGGGAUCACAGAGGACCUCACUAUUCACAGUGGAAUGCAUCUCUAUGAGAAGGCCGGCAAUGGAACGUACAGCCUGCCCAGUCGCCGGAUCAAGAAACGGAAGCCAGCUGCCAGUGAUUUCACAAAAUCAGUGACCGAUUUGGCAACCCCUUCCAGUUUGAAUGAAGAGGAGGUUCUGGUGCAGGAAGUGAGGCAAAAACUGAAUGCCUUGCUUCUCUACAAAUAUCAACAUUCCAAGACCACCAAGGACCUGGCCGAGGUCAGGCAAGCACUUCAGAGCCUUCAAACGGGAGGAAAUCGAAAUAUUUACGGGAAAAUUCCGUUCUCAGAGGCUCGGAAACAUAGCUUUCCCAACCUUGGCAUGUCCAGUUUAGUGCGAAACAAAGGAGUUGCUCAUCCAGUCGGAAGUACAAGCAGGAACAGAAACUCAACGUCUUCGGGUACAAGCUCGGUGGAGAACAAGUAUGAGACCAUCGAGAAAAGCCUGAGUCCGUACAAAAUAAGUAACAAUGCCCUGAAUAACAAUCCUGAGCCGACCCAUCAUUCGCCAUCAGUGGCGCCUCAUCCUCCUAAUGUGAACAUUUCGAUCCGAAAGCAACUCCAAUUGAAUCAUAAUGGUUCGGCAUGUCAAAGUCCUCCUAUGGAGUCUCCGUCAAAGCUGACUCUUCAGAAACUUCUCCAAUUGGCAGCCUCCUCUCCAGCCUCCUCGGGAUCUCCACUCCCCAGGGAUCUAGCGCUAUAUCAGCGGGAGGGUGAAUUGGGGGGCUUCGGAGGCCGCUUCUCUGCUUUGUCAUCGCCCGCAUCUUCGUCUUCUCAUUACGCUCAGAUAUCGCCUUUGAGGGGAAUUGGUAUGCCAAGGAUGACGCCGACUUACUUCCAGGAGCUACAUCGUCAGGAUGUCUUGCACAACCUUCAAAACCGAAAUCAAAGCCCUUUGGCCAUGAAGGCCACCAACACUCAUUUGGUUACUGCCUCCUCGGAGUCUCGACUGGCCACGAAUGACUUAGCCCAAGGGAACUCUCACCCUGGACAGAAUUUGUUGAAGCAGGUUUCGCAGAGUGCAAUCCAACUGAACAACCAGAACUUGCUCAAACUCCAGGAAAUCAAAUGGUGCUUCCAACCUCAAAAUAGGUACGACCUCAACGACAACAUAUCGAAAUCCGACCCGAAGAUCGCUCAGAAGGUGGACUUGCAAACGGCUGUCUCCCGCCAUCCUUUAAGAGUCGUCCACCAACCAAGUGGUUUCACCAGGGUGGCCAGAUCUGUACCUAACUCAGCCAAUCACACGCCAGUGAAGCAAGUCAUGCCUGAUUGUGUUUACUUGAGACCAGAGCAAAAUAUCCCUGAGAUCUUUGCUUCCACCAACUUUAAGCCAAUUGGUGGCGGAGGGGAUGAGAGGUCAAGAUUGUCUGACUCUAAGAAUAAACGAAUCCCGAAUACGAGGAUAUCUCGGGACGACAUUGUGGUCACCAUGCGAAGUGCCCAAGUCUAACAACCAUUCUGCAAUCCUCGCUUUCAAUUCAUUCCUUCUUACACGUGUUAUUCAUUUUGGUUGUUGAUAUUUAGAGGCCAAUUAUAAUAAAUCGAAAAUAUAUGACAUCAUUUGU